UUGAAACAAACUGGCAAGGUAAAGAAGCUGGAUAGAUGAGUUCCGCAUGAAUUAAACGAGUGUCAGAAGAGAAAUCGUUUCGAAGCUUGCCAUUCUUUACUAUCAGGACAUAAAGGCGAACCAUUUUUACAUCGUAUCGUAUUGUUACGUGUGAUAAAAAGUGGAUUCUUUUCAACAAUCGCAAGCGUUCGGUUCACAAUGAUUGGAUAUAGAUGAAGUGCCGAAACGCAGUCCGAAACCGAACAUUCACAAAAGAAAGCUAAUGAUGUCUGUUUGGUGGUCCAGUGCUGGUAUUAUCCACUACAGCUUUAUGAAACCUGGUCAACCGAUUACAGCGGAUGUCUACUGUAACCAACUGGACGAAAUGAUGAGGAUGCUUGCGAUUAAGCAGCCGAGAUUGAUCAAUAGAGACUGGCCAAUCCUCUUGCAAGACAAUGCUCGACCACAUGUCGUACAAACAACGUUGCUCAAACUACAGGAGCUGGACCUGGGAACUCUCUGUCAUCCACCGUAUUCAUCAGAUCUUGCACCAACUGACUACCACUUCGUCCAGGCACUGGACCACUUCUUGCAAGGAAAAAUAUUCAAUUCUCAACAAGCUGUGAAAAAACGCCUUCCACGAUUUCAUCGUCAUCCGCUCUUCAGGCUUCUUCGCUGCUGGCAUAAAUAA